AUGAAGAUUACCAUAGCCUUGAUAUUGCUAAUUACGGCCAAUUUCAUACGAGGUAAGUUUCGUAAAGAGCGAGUAAAACGCUGAAAAAAUCCGUGCGAAAUGGUAAAUGUCGCGUUUAGUCACUUACCCAGACCUUCCAGUUACAUUUACGAGACGUUUAAUUAAUACCCAAACCUCCCUCGUUUUUUCACUACUCCGCUACCGUCAAGACGUUUACUAUCGCGUUUCCUUUAGCUUACUGAACAUUUGUGUCCAGGCGAUACCGUUUUUAAUUUCAUGCUUAACAUAUGCAACUGGAGACUGAGAAUAACAUCAAUGAUCCGCGAAAAAGCAGCAAAGUUUGAUGUGAGGAACAAAAUGUAUAGAAGCAAAUUGAAGAGUCUAUGUUUUCAUCGGGGAAAAGAAUCUUGAACGCCAAUCUUAUCAGGCCUCAAAUGAGUCAGUUUAUUUUUAGAUAAACAGUUUUCUGCGCCUCUAGAUAAAAACCUAACCACUUUCUCUCCGUGUUAUAAUCAAUUCAAGGUCUUCCGGUUGAUCGGGAACUUUUACGAGUCAAAAGAAAAGGAGAGGGAGAGAUUGACAACAACGAAGAGACUUUCCACAGAGUGCGAAGAUCACAAGACGACUUAGAAAGUGAAAUUCGACGUAAAAGACGAUUCUUUGCCCCGAACACACCUGUACAAGAGACUGAGGACAGUUAUAAAACAAAAAUGGAAGCUAGAUCGUCUCGUUCAUCCCGCGAGGAUAGGGACAUCACGGCAAAACGACCCGAGAGAUUUCGUCUCCGAAUUAGAAAAAGAAGCCAAGACGGAAGUUCCAUACUCCGCGGCGAUACUCCCGGCUCCGGUUCUCUGCCAGGAUCGGGUUCUUCCGGGGCAGGGUUGUGGAUGGGACCACUGUUAGAGAAAAAGCGGAACGAUAAACGAAGCGCUGGUUCAAACUCGCUGGAUAAUCUUAUAGCUACGUUACGAGCGAUCAGUUCUCUAAGUCCUGAUGAAGAUGACAAUUCAGCGGAAGAAGUCAGAUCCUCUGGUUCAGGUCUGUGGCUUGCGCCUGAAAGUACAGUUGAUAAUAAACUGCCACAGUUUUUUCAGGAGGAGGCAGACUCUGGUAGCGGUGAAAACCCGGAGAAAGCUUUAAGGCUGCUGAGUGAAACAGCCCAGAGAGAGUUAAAGCAAAAAGCAAAUGAAGUUGGCAGUGGUGCGGAGCAGAGAGUACAAAAUGAUGACAAAAAGGAAACCGAGCAGCAGACUGGCGAGAGACUUUUUAGACGAGAAAUAGAGAGCGACGCGCCUGCAGAUGAUUUAAUUGCUGCUAAUGAGAAUCAGGAUAAAAGAGGCGACUCUGAACAGGAGGACAAUCCAGCCUCAUCUUCAGGAUCCGCUGAUGAUUGGCAAGAAAUCGAAGAUAAGGUUUCAGAACAACCAGAUGAAAAAGUUACGCGGUCGCUAACAGAAGCCUUACUUCCAGACGCGUAUUACCGCACAAAGAGGUCAUCUCAAGAAAAUGCGUUUCUGGUUUCAGACCACAGUCUCGGUGAAAAUGACGCUCUUAUUGGCGAUAGCCUCGUGGCGCGGUUUUACCGCGAUCAAGACGCAGUUUCCGAUGACGUCACAGAAACGUCGGUGACAUCCCUUCCUAGCGAGACCCAGUCCCUUUCAAGUCCCGAAACCCAAGAAAAACCUGUAACACGAGAACUGGAAAAUCAUAACUUUAGAGACUUCUCAGAACCAAGGGUUGUGUACACAAGGCAGAUUAGAGAAGCUCGAGAACCUAUCAUAGAAAGACCUGCCGUUUACUCACAAAUCGAAGACGAAGGUGAGAUGGAUUCCAGCUUCGGAGGCGAGGACGAUGACGACGACGAACCAACUUUAACGAUUCAUGAAAGAGAGAUUAGAGAAGACGGUAGGAUCAACAGUCUUCCUUCAAGUUUUACCUCAAAAAGUACAUUAAGUUCAAAGUAAAUCAUAUCAGACGGUCACAGUAUGGUAAUCUGGUCGAGAUAGUAUAUUUUGUCAGCCAAUCUUCUUUCAGUAUAACAGCAACAUCUACAAAUUAGAGAGCUUUUCGAUCUCAAAGAUAUAGAAAUGGUUUUGCAGUUUUCUAAUUUAAGUGGAGAUGGAAAUUGAAGUGAGUUAUUGAUCGCAUAGUUUCACUAUUUAAGCAACAUGCAAUCUGAUGUUUGUUUAAAGUAAGCUGGGCUGUUAAUUUUUAAGAACAAAACGUUAUUUUCUGCCCGUCGCAUGAGGCGACUUCAGUUUUUUAUUUUCCUCAUUCGUUCCAUAGAAUUCGUUUAAUCAGCAUGAAUCUGUAGACUCAAGGAUUUCAGUUUCAAAAUUUUUAACAGCUAACAGAAAAUGUAACCAUUUCCAAUUGCUAGGAUAUGUCGGCUGUUACGAGGACAAGGCUCCCGACCGAGAUCUUCCCUCCAUAGUCUCAGUUCCCAAACUGACUCCAGACUCAUGUCGUAGUGCAUGCCGGACAGCAGGUCACGCUUAUGCUGGAGUGCAGUAUGGGUAUUUGUGCAGGUGUGGCGAUUCGUACGGGAAGUACACAAAGGUUUCAGACGAAGAAUGUAAUACUCACUGUACUGGAGAUCAUGCUCAGAAAUGUGGAGGAUUCUGGAAAAGUGCAAUAUUCACGACUGGUAAGUUGGAGCUCUCUGAUCUCUAAACGACACUUGUAAAAGUUUGUCCUCAAGGACUGCCAGUGAAGGAAACAGUCUCGAAUCAUUUAUCAUACAAUUCGUGCAGACAUUUAUUUCGUGCGAUGACUUAGAGGCAACCGACAAAGGAGGGAAAAGUUCUCUCAAAUCAAUAAGCAAAAUUAUUCCUAUCAUAUCCACAGAGGUAAAGGCCUAGCUUUGACUAGCAUAAGCGUACUUAUGUCUAUGACCAGAUUUAUAGCAUUGUUUAAUUUUUCAUUUAUAUUGCGAAAAAUCAGUAAGUGAGAUUUUAUGACGUUGUAAUUCUCUUUUCCUUCCACAGCCGGAGCAAUGGAACCCACAAAGCGUGGAAACUUCUUUCACAUUGAAAGUGUUCGGCCUAUGACAGAAGAAGGUGCAUACUUUUCAGUUACAGUAUUCCACAUACGCAAUAGCUCGGUUGGGAUGUACAGCGCUUUUCGAAUGAGUGUCGCAAAACCAAAACCAAAGUAAUUACAACAGUCAAUCUCAGAGAAGAGAAGAAAAUAUCCUGAACAAUCAACGAAAGCCCAAAGUAAAAACAAACAAACCUUCUAAAGUGCGGGAAAACACGGGAGGCUAUGUGGUGAUUGGUAUUAACCCUUUGCACCCUAAUAUGAAUUUGCAUAUUCUCCAUACUGUUCGUCAUACAUUUCUUAAGGUGUUGACAAGGAGAAUUUGUUUAAAAAUCAAAGGCAUUUUUUAGUUGGUAAUCAUUUCCUUUAUUCUUGUAACCUUUAUGUGUGAUUCAGGGGAGAUAUUGCAAGGAGAAAUUAGAUGCUAGUCACUCUUAAGGGUGAAAGGGUUAACGGUGUAAUUUGGUUUUGUCGAAUUAGUUGAUAACGUAAACUGGCCUCCGUGAAGAGUUUCAAAGCAGACGUUUCGAGCGUUAGCCUUUCGUCAAAGCGAAUGAUUGGUUUUAGUUUUGCAUCCGAUUGGUUGAGAGAUUUGCGUGAUUUUUCCGGACCAAUCACAGAGCGAAGAAAAGCAAAUCCAAUUCAAUUCCGGAUUUCUUUCCAUGCUUAACUGAAAACGGUUCUGAUGAUAAUUCUUCUUUGUUUAGAUCUUUUUGACAUUCCUCGCAGCGACAUCGCUUCUGGUGGUGAAGCAGAGGCAGAGGAACAUCAGCAACCAAUAAUCACAGAAACCUUUCACUUGACAGCUUCAGAAUCCCCUGCGACUGAAGUAACGGCAGCUGAAGUGGUAACUACCCCACUCGAGUCGUCUGGUAAUUAUGUGCAGGAGAUACACAGAGAACCAUCUCUCCAAGAAUCCCCUGUGCAACCACUUCCCAUAGAGACAGCCCAGGAAGACAAUUCUUUAAACACGCAUGCGUCAGGCGAAGAGCACCCACAUGAGAAAGCAGACUCUACGCAUGCUACAGUAUCUGCUUCUACAGUUGAGCCCGAUUCUGCGCAUGCUGCAGAUAUCUUACCUUCGAUCGCAAUUUCUGAAGCUCCUCCUCAAGCUUUGACCCAAUCUGAACCCAAACCAUCCUCCGGUUCGCCUGCAAUAGCUACUCAACCGGUACCGAGUGUGGUUCAUCCUCAACACAAUGAAACGCCACAGGGUACCCACGGGAGUCGACUGAUUUACUUGCAUCAGCAACAGGAUAUUUUGUCAAAACCAACUCCAAAAACUAUCGUGGCAGUGGCUCCGGGAAAGCUCAAGGAAGGAAGUAAGUUGCUGAAAUUUUCAUACCAUCAUAUAUUCCUCUGGUUUAGAUAAUUAUAGUGAACUCUUGACAAGAAGAGUUGUGUUUUACCCUAGGCCAUGUCUUAACUUGAAAAUCAUAAUUUUUUUUUAUUCAAAUACUUUAAAUUUUAGCUGUCGUCUACACGGGAACAAUCAAGCUGAAACAAAGCUGGCUGGACCAGUUUGAAGAUGCCAACAGCGCAGAGUCAAAAAUAUUAACAGGAAAUAUCGAGCAAGCGGUAUGUGGUUAAGAAAUCAUAACAAAACAUUUAAAUCGCGAAAAUGCCUAACAAACUGGUGCAACGAGUAUUAGUUAAAAAGUACACGAAAAACUGUCUAUUUUUAUUUCAUUCUGAUAAUUGUGUAAACUUUUCAUCCUUUGUAAACCAAUAGAGUAUGUAUUUUUGUACGUUGAACUGAAAAAAUUUACUAAACAACAAAUUUUGUUUGACAGUUCAAGCGUGUGUUCAAGGAUGAUCCAAAAUUUGUCAAGGCCGAGGUUGUAGGAUUUAGGUAAGGAAUUUUCCAGGAAUCACAGAAUAUUAUGUACGAUUCGCAUUUUUCCAACGUUGCCUUAUUAGUUUAAUAGUUAAAGAUUCGCAAUCACUUAACAAGAAUUCCUUCAUGGGUGUUCCCUUGUCAAUUUAGAAGAAAAUCCCAACCUUUACCUUAGCAAAUUCCCCCAAAACCUGAUGUGCUGUUUGUAGGUUUGUGGGUAUAUAUGUGAACUUAAUUGACCACUUCAUGGGCUUUUCAGGGCCAAUGCGAAUAAAUCAAUAAAUGGGUGACUGAAAAAAAAAUAGUGUUUUAAAAUAUAAAGCACAGUCAAGGCGUUGAACUCGGGGAAACCGGGAAAAAUCCCAAUGAGUUGCAGGGUGGAGAGCUUGAACCCAGGACCACAUGAAUACAAGCCUAACAUCAAAACCACUAAGCCACACGGCCUGGUUAAUCAAUAAGGAGACCUUUUCGGGCAAAAGUCUUCGAAGACCAAAUUGUUUUUGUUGAUGCAGAUGACUUAACAAGAACUAUAUAGUGCUUAAAGAAAUUCUGCGGCAACAAGAAGCACUUUGCACAAUUUUCAUGAUUUGCUUCAAUAACGAAAUCUCCAGAAUAACUCAGUCUUAAAAUUCUAUGUUUCUCAAGGGAAGGCCUCGUGAAACACAACCCGAACACCAUACGUAAGGUGAUUGCACCGUUCAUUUUGACGUUCAAGAACGGCAUCCAAGGCAUCGAGGAGAAACUAAAGAACAUGGUACAGAAUGUGGGGAAACUUGAUGAUAUGCCUGUGUAUAAACAUUCACUCCAAUUGUCAGGUGAGGUGAAGAUUUAGGAAUAGAUAGCGAUACGAGAAAGGAAGGUUCACUUAGACACAGACUUAGAAUAACUGUGAAGUCGGCCGAGUGGGUGCAGAACCCAAAAAGGCUCAUUGACACGCAGUUUGCUCCCAGUCAGGAGACUACUGACGAGCUAAGCGACGAAGAUACGAUCACGUGGCUAAAGCAUUUUUACACCUUAGUGAUAAAAGAUUGUUUCUGGGUAGGCCAUGACACUUACUGCUCGUUGCAGACUUUAUCUCACACGUCUACUGAACGAUUACAUUAUGGCUUAUUGCACCGUAUUUAACUAAUCUCGUGGAAGGAGAUCGGUGAAAAAAAAUUCAAGUUUCAAACAUAAAUGUAUAAAUUGCUGUAUUUUUUAUUAUGUCCUUUCUUCCUUAUUUAUUAAUCUAAAGUAUUAACUCAUUUGCGUGUUUAUUAUUUUACAGAAUAUAGUCAUUCACCAGCUGUAGGAAAAGCACCGGAAACAAUGGACGAGGCAAGCAAAGUGGACCUCGUUGAGGAGGAUAGGAAGCGGAGUACUGUCAAUAUUCCAAGUAAGUAAUCACUUAACAGAAAUUCUUAUGGCACUUUUCAAUUGAGUGUCGUAAAACCAAAAUCAAAGUUAUAACAACGGCCAAUCAGAAGGCACAUACCAUUAACCUAAUGAGAAUUCAGAGUAAAACCGACCAAUAGGCCUAAAGCGCGGGAAAACGUGGGCGACCAAGUCGUGAUUGGUUUGAGUAUUGCAUCUGAUUGGUUGAGAGAAUGGCAUGAGUUUUCUGGACCAAUCAAAGCGCGAAGUAAAGCAAAAACAAAGCAAUCCCAGAUCACUUUGGACACUCAAUUGAAAAUUUUUCUACAUAACGGGAUAAAUUUAAUUCGAAGCCAACGCGAAAACAGUACAGCUAACUGUUCUUAACUAAUUUCGGGUAUUCGUUUCAAGAAAAAAAUACUAGGUCUUCACUUGCUACAGUCGUUUGCAAAAAAAUCGCUCCCUCAGUCUGCAGCUUUGCUAGGGGAUAAUUAACACUUCCCAAAACAUUGCCAACAAGGAAAAAAUUUCACGAAAUAAAUUAAACUGACAGAAUAAAUGACCUCAAGGGAGCUAUCUACAACACUCCACCCGAGGGAAGAGCUUUACAUGUAGUCGAAACCCGCCGUCUGAAACAGAAUGCAGAAAGACGUUUCUGAACAACCACAUGGAAUUAGACUUAAUUCACCUCGUCCUUCUUUUUCAGACGGUGGAGUUGAUCCUUUCCUUAAAGGAAUAUUUAGGCAGAUUUCGACGUGAGCUCUAGUUUAGGUUUCACUAUUUCAGGUAAGAUCUGUCAUCCACGUCGUGAAAAAAAAAAUAAAUAAAUAAAGUGUAUGCUGUAACGGUACUUGACACAACCAAAAUAAAUUGAUAUAUCAAAACAUACGAAUAAACAGACAAACUGCAAAUAGUUCGUCUGUGAAACUUUCAAGUUUGUCAGUUUUCGCAACGGAAAUAUCAUGAUUACCAUAACAGUGACAUGCGUCUCUUUAUUGAUCCUAGAGAAACCAUACACCUUACAGCUUUUUCUAAUGAAAGACUUCUUCGGAAAGAAGAAAAGAAACUCACAAUCAUUUACGGAAUAGAGAGACAAGCCGAGUGAAUUGAAAAAGAUCUAAAGUCGCCGCAGUUAAUUAUCAGUUGAAACUGUUAACGCCAGUCGCACCAAUAUAGCGUUAUUAGCAGUAGAGUAUACCUAAAAUAUCUGAGCUAAAUAUUUUUAACAAAUGGACAACUUUUCAAAAUGGCAUAAUUUGUUUAGUCAUCACAUAGCGCACCAAAGAAAUAAUCUUUUGGUUUUAUUAUUUGUAGAAAAGAUCACGAGAUAUCAGAUUUCAACGUUUAGUUUCCGGAGUUUUGAAGAUCGCGGAUAUACUCCACGCAUUCAGUUAGUAAAUCGGAGCGAAAUAGUAAACACUGCGAUAGGAGCGGAAACGAAGGAGGCUUGGAUCGAGUCGCGUUCACUUCGUGGCCCGACCCAAACCCGCUCUUCGUGUAGUAAAAUUUAAUUAUCUGACAG